AUGAAGACGACGAAAGGAGGCAAAGUUAUGAACCCGACCGAUGCUUACCGCAAGGAGCUUCGUAAGAAGGAAUUAAAACGGAACAAGAAGGAAAGAAAGAAGGUGAGAGAGGUGGGGAUUUUGAAGAAGGAUCCUGAGGUGAUCAAGGAGCAGAUAGAGAAGUUGGAAUUGAUGAAAGCUGAUGGUGCUUUGGACAAAGCAAGAAAACACAAGAAGAGACAACUUGAGGAUACUCUUAGCCUUGUUAUAAAGAAGAGAAGGGAAUACGAAGAUAAAAUGAAGGAGAAGGGUGAAACCCCUGUGAUGUUCAGUCAUUUGGGCCCUGUUCGAAGAAGGACAUCUGCAGAAGAAGAAGAAAGAACCAAGCAUCCAAAGCCUGAAGACUCUGUAUACUAUCACCCUGUUCUGAAUCCUACUGGGGCCCCACCACCUGGAAAGCCUCCCAUGUAUAAAUCAUCUAUAGGACCCCGGAUUCCUUUGUCUGGUGCUUCAUCCUCCACAACUGAAUCAGAGGAUGCUGCUUUAGCAGUACCUUCUCCCUUGCCAGAGAGCGGGGAAUUAGGCCCUGCCGAUAGCUCUGCUAUACCUGCUUUGUUGCCUCUACCUCCUCCACCUCCAAUGCCACCAAUGCCUGCAGCUACAAGCCUGGGCAUGUCAUUACCUCCACCCCCUCUACCUCCACCUCCUCCGGGUCCUCCACCAAAGGAUCAAGUUUCAAGUCACACCCCUCUUCCUCCACCCCCACCCCUCCAACAGUCUGCUCAGCCACCGCUGCCACCUGGCACAAACGAAAGUGGGAGCGAGACCAACAUAUCUGCAUUGUUAGAUGAAUCAUCCUCCAAGGAUACUGUUCAGGUACCUACUUCACUCCCUCCACCUCCUCCAACUGCAAUGCAGCUGAACUCAGCUAGUAAUCAAUCUGAAGGUGCUUCAUCUGAAGCUGAUGCCAAUACUGCAGUAACUUCGGAUAACUCUAAAAUGGUUCCCCCACCACCUCCUCCUAUGCAACAGCUGCUAGCACCUGGACAAUCAUUGAUGCCAACUUUACAGCCUGAUGUAUUACCACCAGGCAUAUCGCGUUUCCCCCCACCUCCACCUCCACCAAAUAUGCAGCCACCAUUAUCCACUCCUGGAAUUCCUGGUCAAGUGGCUCAUCCAGGGAUGUUGGUCCCAAUGAUUCCCAGACCUCCAUAUGGUCCUCCACCUGGACCUCCUCCAAUGAUGAGACCACCCCUUCCACCUGGUCCUCCUCCUUCCUUGCAAGAAGAUGCUGCAAAUAGGCCAUAUGUUCCUCAGAAACCAUCUUAUGUAAAAUCUGCUGCAUCCACUGUUGUUAAAAGGCCGCUAGCACAGCACACUCCAGAACUUACAGCUAUGGUUCCUGCCUCAGUUCGAGUGAGGAGAGAGGCUGCUCUCCUUAAACCAAAACCAAAGACUGCAACCUCAACUACAGCGGUAGCCACCAGGCCAGCAGCUCCAACCACUGUGAAGCCAGAGUCAACUAACUCAUCUUCAGCUCCGAAGUCUAAGAGUAUUGAUGACUCAUAUACGGCCUUUUUAGAGGAUAUGAAAGCACUUGGUGCCCUUGAUAGUUAA